GGAACGUCAUCAUCACGCGACAAUGUUAUGGCUGUGGCGGUGGACCCAAAAAAAACGAUCUCGAUUCACGAAACCGCGUUCGUUAUUGAACUAAUAUGAAAAUAUAUUUAAUAAGUUAUAACUUGUGAGGCGUGGUAGCAUGGAGUCUAGCGGAACGCUUCAGGGGCUCGUAGCCACCGCCGCCUCGGUUCACUCCCAGCGGGUGGCGGUGACUUUUGACGACGGGUCCUCGUCGAGCAGUCCGGUCUCACUGCUCUACAAGGACCUUGGAGAGCUUUCCAGUGAACUCUGCCGCCUUCUGCAGCAACACUGCGCGGACAAUAACGGAGUCAUAGGACUAUACUGUAGCGACGAUCUCUUCAUACCAGUGUGGAUCCUUGGGAUCCUGCAGACACCUGCUGCCUAUAUGCCACUAGAUCCAGGUGCUCCAGGACUUGUCUUCGCCCGGGUCAUGAUCAAUUGUCGCCUCAGGUUCUGUGCUGUGAAGAGCGACCUCCUCCAGAGGUUCCAGGCGGCCCUCACCCAGCAUAUGAGUGUGGAAGUAUGUGCGCUGUUGCAUAAGUUCAAACUCACACUGGUUCGGGUUGAGCCGCUGACGGACGGCAAGCAGGACGUGGCAAAAAUUGAAAAGCUGCCAUCCCUCCCCGAACGAGUAGAAGGUUUGGCGUACGUGCUGCACACAUCUGGAACGACAGGCCUUCCCAAGAUUGUACGGGUGCCGCACAACUGCAUACUUCCCAACAUCCUGCACCUGAGGCAUUUGUUUUCGGUGAGUUGUGGCGAUGUGGUCUUCCUGGCGUCGCCGCUGACCUUUGACCCGUCAGUGGUGGAUCUUUUUCUGGCCUUGUCGUCCGGGGCUCAGCUCCUCAUCGUUCCGGCCAUGCUCAAGAAAAUUCCCAAGCGGCUGUGCCAGCUUCUCUUCCGCCGUCACAAGACGACGCUCAUGCAGGUCACCCCCACGCUACUGUCUCGCUUCGGUCCGCGACUCCUCCGACAGGAAGUGCUGUCGCGCGGUUCGUCGUUGCGCGUGCUCGCCCUGGGCGGCGAGGCGUGCCCGCCGCUAUCCAUGCUGAAUGCCUGGCAUCACCAGGACAACGCCACGGCCGUGUUCAACGUUUACGGCGUCACCGAGGUAUCCUGCUGGGCCACCUGCUAUCAGAUCCUGCCCUCGGACCUCCGGCAGCCCGACGGCUCCGCCUCCUUCGCCGUGCCUCUUGGGAGCCCCCUGAUGGGCACCAGAGUGGAAGUGAGGGACCAAGAUGGCGGCGUGGUGACGGAAGGCGAAGGAGAGGUGUACAUAGGCGGCGAUGAGAGGGUGUGCCUUCUGGAUCACGAGGACUCGGCGGUGCCCGGGACCAUGAGGGCCACGGGUGACUGGGUGGAGGUGAGAGGUGGGCAGAUGUACUACCUCGGCCGAAAGGACAGAAGCAUCAAGCGCCACGGCAAACGCGUCAACCUGGACCACCUACAGCAAAUGCUGUCGAAUCUGCCUGAGGUGGAGUCCUGCGCCGUGUGUCUGCACGACGACUCCCGACUGCUCGCCUUUGUCGUCCUCGCCGCAUCCGCGGGUUCCGAAGAAGCCGGGUCACCCUUCCCUUCCGAGCUUAGCAGGAACCUCCAGAAGCAGCUGACUCCGCUGUUGCCCUCCUACGCCAUUCCGGACACGGUGGUGCACGUCCCGUCCUUACCUCUGACACCUCAUGCAAAAGUGGACAUGCGAGCAUUGGUGAAAAUAUACCAGAAGCAACGCACGGACGUCAGUCGGCCACGUAAAGACGUUGCUGAACUCAAAGAAACGCUGCAAACGUUAUGGCAGGAUGCCCUCGGUCUCGACGGGAACGCAAAGUUGGAUGAUGGCUCCCGUUUCCUGUUCGGGGGCGGAGACUCCCUGAAGGCGCUUCGACUCUGCGAGGACAUCCUGGCCGCCACCGGAGUCGGUUCGACUCGGAUUUUGGAGGCGGUCCUCAACGGAACUUUCGGCGAUGUCCUGCGCCUCGUCGUCGCGCCGGGAAAACGAGAGUGCAUCGCGGCGGAAGCAACUUCAGAGGAGGGCGAAAGGAGCUGUCCUUUAAAAGUGUUCAAAGGAGAGAGUGAGAUGACAGAGACGCGGACCGAGGACAGAAGUGUGUUGGCCCUCAACGAGCGCUGGUCUUCGGACACGGGUAGAUGCGUGGACGCCUCCCCGGCGCUUCUGGUCCGGGAAGGACAAGACAGCAUCCGAACCGUGGUGUUCAUCGGCUCGCACUCGCACAGGAUGCAGGCUCUGGAUCUGGACAGCGGGCACCUGCUGUGGGAGCGAGUCCUCGGGGGACGCGUGGAGGCGUCAGCCGGCGUGUCCCCAUGCGGACGCUACAUGGUCGUAGGUUGCUACGACGGCAACGUGUACGUGCUGAGCGCCGACUCGGGCGAGACGCGCUGGGUCUUUGAGACCGGCGACGCCGUGAAGAGCCGCCCCGCCGCAGACCACCUCACGGGCCGGAUGAUGGUGGGCUCGCACGAUGGUUUUGUGUAUGCCUUGGACCUCCAGGCUCAGCGCUGCAUUUGGAGUCGUCACUGUGGGGGUGGGGCCAUAUUCUCCUCGCCCUACCUUGACGCCGCGCGCCGCCAACUGUACGUGGCCACACUCGGCGGCAAGCUGCUGUGUCUGCACCCGGUACGUUUUCAAUCAACCUCAUUUUUAGAAUUGCAUCGGUCCAACGAUGUGACGAUUUGUGUUGUUUUGUGGCACCAGGACAGCGGCGAGGUUCUGUGGUCACACAGCAGGGACGUCCCCUUCUUCUCCUCACCAAAGUGCGGCGGUGACGGCAGCCGCGUGGCUAUCGGCUCAGUGGACAAAAAUAUCAUCUGCUUCAGCCACGACGGCACAAUGGUUUGGCAGUUCCGGACAGACGGCGCCGUCUUCUCGUCUCCGUGCAUCACCUCGGACCUCGCGAGGCUCCUGUGCGGCUCUCACGACGGCCGCCUGUACUGCUUGAAUGCCGCCGACGGCUCCUUGCUUUGGACGUUCCAGACGGCGGGCAAAGUGUUCGCCAGCCCCUGCGCGUUUGACAGCGGGAUGCGAGGGGAGCUGGUGGGCGUGGCCUCCACCGACGGCACCGUCUAUGUCCUGGACGCUCGCAACGGAUUGGUGUUGUGCUCGCGGACGCUUCCCGGGGAGCUUUUCUCUUCCCCGGUGGUGUGCCGGCGCUCGUUGGUGGUCGGGUGUCGGAAUGAUUUUGUGUAUUGUUUACAAAUAGACAUUUAGCCAUCAUUUGUGCAGUUUUUAAAAGUAUAUUUUGUAGUCUA